AUCUUCUCCAGUAGUUCUAGGAGACAGCAUCUAGCGGUCUUGUUGAUAUUGUUUGUGUGUUAUUGUUUAUUAUAAUUGUUGUUCGUUCUUUGCUGUUCGUUUUUGUGUUUGUUCUGUAGUUUUCUUGCAAUCAUUCCCCCUUUUCCAUUCGGAAGAACGAAUCAUUACCAUCAACCUGGCUACGUUAUCCUAAUUACUUCGGUAUUGCAACAGUGGAUCCAAGCUGUUUGUGAUUGUGUGAUUUAUCAAGUAGCCACACAAAACUGCUGCCUCAUUCCAGCUGGUGGCAUCGUGCAAGUCUGAUUACCCCAUACUUUUUUCAGUCCAGAAAGGGGAUCUGGAUUUUCCAGUAUUGAAGCAUCGUUUUUUUGCAUUGAGAUAUACUGGUAGAAAUUCUUGAAUUGGUUCAAUUGCUGGAUUAGUAGAAAUUGAAUUCUGUGAACUCUGUUUGUGGUUCCUGACAAUACUUGAAGAGUAGAAGCGAACAAGUCGUAUACAUAUACUAUAUUGAUACGACUCUUUUCGGCUUUUUGAAAACUCAAUUGAUCCUCAGAAUUGACUUGGACUGAAUAUUUGAUAAUUGAAAUUCAAUAGUGUUCUCAGUUGAAUCAUUGAAUCGUUUGAAUAGUUAAAUCCUAUCAAAAUGUCGUACUUGCAGGACCAGGAGUACCACCCUGGCCAUCCGGCCAUUGAAAACGACGAGAACCACUCCAGCACAGCCGCAUCCGGCCCCAAGCCCCCGAAAGCAACCAUAACUGGUCCGACAAAGAUACCAGUGAAUGCCAAUACGACUACCUCUAGCACUGCUAGCCACCAACACCAACAGGAACAGGAAAUUCUCUCCAGUUUUGCCAUUCCCAACCCUCCGAUUUCGACCCAGCAGUCGAGCGUAGCUGCAGAAAAGGAUCAGACCGGCUCCGAUAACUCCGGAGAGGUACAGUCGCCGCGGACUUUGUGGAUGGGAGACUUGGAUCCAUGGCUCGACGAAAACGGCAUUGCCGACUUGUGGUGGAAAAUCCUCCAGAAACGGGUUACCGUCAAGAUCAUCAAGCCAAAGACGUCCAAACCCGAUAUCACGUACCAGGGUCUUUCCCAUUCUGGCUAUUGCUUUGUAGAAUUCGAGUCUUUUGAAGAUGCCCAGCUAGCCCUUGGACUAAAUGGCCAAUUGCUUCCAGACAUCGCCAUGCCGUCACAACAACAUUUCCCCAAUAACCCCGAUAACCAGAAGAAGUACUUUCGGUUGAACUGGGCAAGCGGAGCUACGUUGAGUGCACCCAUAAUUCAGAGUCCGGAGUACUCGUUGUUUGUAGGAGACCUUUCUGCCUCUACGACAGAAGCACAUUUACUAGCAUUCUUCCAGAAGAACUUCCCAGCCUCUAUCAAGACGGUGAGAGUGAUGACAGAUCCGGUUUCAGGCAAAUCGCGCUGUUUUGGUUUUGUCAGGUUUACAGACGAGUCUGAAAGGCAGAGAGCAUUGGUGGAAAUGAAUGGUGUCUGGUUUGGAGGUAGACCUCUCCGUGUAGCUUUGGCCACACCUAGAAAUGUCAACAGAAACAAGUUCCAGAACCAGAACCACCAAGGAAACCCAGUCAACUUUUAUGGUGGUGGCGGUGACUCUCAGCAGGAGAUGGUAUAUAUGCAGCCACCCCCUCCUCAGAUGAGAGUCGAGCUGCCCUAUGCUUACUACGGCAAUCCGCAAGUUCCUCCUUCUGGCUCUGGAGCUCCUUAUGACAUACCAGGAGAUGUAGAUCGAGGAGGACUUGAUCCUGGAACUGGUAUGGGAACUAUAAAGUCUCCUAUGCAAUCGCCUGGUGUUCAGCCUCAGCCAUAUACCGAUCCAAAUAACACAACAGUGUUUGUGGGAGGGCUUUCUUCAGAGGUAACCGAGUCAACUUUGUUUACUCUUUUCAAGCCAUUUGGAAUCAUCCAGCAAGUGAAGAUUCCUCCUGGCAAGAACUGCGGUUUUAUCAAGUACUCCACGCGUGAAGAGGCUGAAGAGGCCAUAGCCGCGAUGCAGGGCUUCAUCAUCGGUGGAAACAGGGUCAGACUCAGCUGGGGCAGAGUAUCUAUGAAUAAUAAGAAGUUCCAGCAGCAACAGCAGCAAGUAGCGCAUGCUGCGCAGAUGCAAGCUGCGGCGGCAUUGUCAAUGGGAAUGGAUCCAUCCAGUGCUAUUGCGGCAGCAGCAGCCGCCGCUGCUGCUGGGGGCUAUCCUCCUCCAAUGGGAGCUCCUCCACAGAUGGGUGGCAUGCCUCCCUUGGGAAUACACCCUGCCAUGCCCCCUGGAGCUGGGGCUUUCCAAUCUCCGAUGUCGCAGGGACAGGGAGGUUCUGAAGGCUACGAUAAGGGACAGAGUGAUCGUUCUACUUCAUUUGACGAAUCUACCAGUAAUCCCAGUAUUUCUCCGUACUACAUUCCCAUGCCCCCACCACCUGGAGCUGAGUACAGCUUGCCUCCACAUCCUCAUCCACCUUCUCAGGAAGCAUUGAUCAAGGCUAUGGGCAACAUCGAUCUCGGUGGAGGGCCCGAGAGAGCAGACGGUGCCGACCAGAUGUACUUGAAUGCACCUUAUAUGGGUCCUCCUCGGUACGCUGGUGGAUAUCCACUCCCAGGAGAAAUGCAAUAUCAGCAGUUUAUUCCUCAUCCUGGACCAGAAGAGCCUCAAGAAAAACAGCCAUUACCAGAAGAGGAUGACGAUGGCGAUAACGAAGAGAAAUAAAAAAUUUAGGUGGUCAUCGCUUUCACAGGUAUUCUACAUCUAUUCUUUACUUCCAUUCCAUUACUGCUACUAUUUUAUUCCAUUACUACUAUCAUUAUUCAUUAUUACUAUCAUUUGAUUCCAUUACCAUUAUUUCUAUUAGUUCUCACCAUUCUUACCAUUUUUUUGUUGAACCGUAGGUUCAUGAUGUUGUUUUAUGUCUGUAACAAUUUGGAUUUAUGUUACUUAUGAGUUUUGCUGUUAAUGUUAUUGUUUUUGUUGGUUCGUUUGUUGGCUAUGCCAAAGACACGAGGGUACGACAAAAGGAAACGGAAUUACUAUUAUUAUUAUUACUACUGUAGUUGUUCUUACUGGACAGCCUUCUACUACUAUUGAUUCCCUCUGACCAAAAUCUAUUUUGACCUUUAUAUUAUGUUUGUCCAUUUGUGUUAAUACGAUGAUAUUGAAUG